GCUCGAAGUGGAUAAAGACGAGCGGCCGUGGCGGAGGAACUGAUAGGCGAGUUCCGCGCGCUGCACUUUUGUUGUUUGUUUUUGUACUGUUGUAGUGUUUAUUUUCCCCACGCGUACUUAAUGAAGGAUGAGAAACCCACUUCCGUGAAGGCUUUUUUUUCUUCUGCAGUGCACGAGCCGUGACUACUAAAGAACGCGCUGAGUUAGAGGAGAAGAGAGGAGAGGAGAGGAGAAGAGAGGAGAGGACUGAGCUAGUGAGCCUCUGCUGCUUCCACUCAGUCUGACGGAGAGCUGUGUGAAGUGCUGCGCGUCUCAGGGAGCACAACUGGCUGAAAUGGAUCAGGGAUCUGUUGAAUAGUAUCUGGUUUUAAACACUUUUACUGAGUGGAAUCCCUUCUCCAGGACAAGCUGAAAACUCCAAGCGGAGUUGAAUUACUUCUUGGGAAGCACGACAUGGUUUGAGAGCACAGCGGAGCAGCUACUCUGAGCCCCUGACAUGGACGCAUGAUUGGCCAGCUCUUGCCUUGACGCCAAUGGCGAGGCUCGCGCGCUCAGCCCGGGGCGCCGGCUCGUACCCGUGGCCGCUCGCCUGCGCGCUCCUGUUUCUCAGCACUUGUGUGUGCGCGGGCCCGUCGUCGAGUCGCGCGCGGGGCCGUCUCGUGUGCUGGCAGGCUAUUAUGAACUGCCAGGCAGAGCCCGAGUGCCACUACGCGUACGGGCAGUACGUGCGCGCGUGCGACCCGGUGUUGAGCGGCCGGCGGCGCUCGUGCCCGAGCCACUGCAUCGCAUCCCUUGUGCAACUCAACCAGACUAAGAGCGGCCCUGCGCUGGAGGACUGCAACUGCGCAGACGACCAGCUGUGUCACGAAACCAAGCGCGCCAUCGAGCCGUGCCUGCCCAGGACCAGCAGUAUGGGCUGCACGGAGGCGCGGCGGCAGUGCGAGCGCGACGGACCGUGCCGCGCCGCCAUGGGUGACUACCUGCAGCACUGCAGUAAGCUGUUCAGCGGCGCCACGUGCACGAACGCGUGCCGCAGCGUCAUCGCGCAUAUGCGCCGCCUGCCCAAGGCGCAGCUGCUCGACACGUGCGUUUGCGACGGCGCUGAGCGCACCAUUUGCGAAUACGUCAAAGUGAGCAUGCACACGCUGUGCUUCGGGAUGCCGCCCGUGGUCGAUAAAGAAGGAUCCGGGAGCUUUAACGACGACUACGAUGAUGAGGAGGAUGAUGGAGAGGACGGGAAGGAGGACGGUCCGAGCAGCGCGGGGACGUGCGUGCGGUGCUCGCGCGCUCUUGCCGUGCUUGCACCCGUCUUGGUAUUCUUACGUUUCUGAUUUAAAAAAAACAACAAAAAACAGCCAGUUCAAUGCAGCGUUCAAUGCAUUAGACUUUUGCUCACACCUGAUCUGCAGCCGUUUAAAUUUCUCCUUUUCUAAAGAGUACCUUUCCAAAUGUACCUUUGGGUGACUUCCAAGUCCUUUUAUGGCAUUGCAUUCACCUUUGAUUAUCUAUGCAAAUGCACUGUUCAGUAGCUGAAAUGGACAUCAGGAACCAUGGCACAGUUUCGAUAUUUAUUUCUGAGCGAGAUCUCUACCUGGAUGUGGAAGGACAGAUUUCCCCAAAUAAAGCAAGACUAAGCUCAGCCUGACACUACUGCCUUAAACCGAGACUGCUCACAUAGAAAUGUUCCUCUGACAUUGUCGAGCAACA